AUGGCGGCUCGUAUGAGCUUUGCUCUUUAUUUCGGCGAGACUGUCCUGGGAACAAGUACUGCAAUGAAGAGGUCUUCUGCAUGGAUUCCUGUAAAGUAUCAGGCAAAAAAUGAUAAAAAUAAAACUCAGAAAUGAACAUUGCAACCGGUUUACGUAUAAAAAUAGAGGAUUUCGAAUUUGCUUGAUGUAAAUUUAAUAAUAAAAGAAACAUACAAAUGAAUUUUUGUUGUAUUGACAUGCAAAGCGAUUCAGUAAAAGUAAGUUGAGUAACACUCGAUAUCCACUUCUCUCGAGCUCUAGCUAAAAUCAUUGUAUCAAUUUAGGUUUCUGGGAAAAUCCCCACCUACCCCUCCUCUAAGCUAACAUUAACACUUAGUGCUCGCUUAGGGCAAAAUGACGGCUUAGGGGAGGGGUAGGUGUGCAUUUUCCCAGAAACCUAAAUUUUAUUGACAUCAUCCAGUCUGGAGAAUCGAGUUAUCGCCCCACGUGAGGGAAUCCGGAUUCCGGAAUCUGGAAAACGUUUGCUUGUGGAAUCCUGAAUCCUGGGCUUUGGAAUCCGGAAUGCCACUAAUGAUUGGAAUCCGGAAUCCAUGUUCCACUGACCAAGAAUCCUGAAUUUAGUAACUGGAAUCCGGAAUCCAUGGCAUGGAAUCCAGAGUCCAAGACUGUUUAUUGCACGAUGUCUAUAGAUAGCGAAAUUUAGAAUUUUGAAUUGGUUUUUUGGAACCCUUAUAGAUUUGCCGAAAAUAUUUCAUUUUCAUUUAUUAUGAAGUGUAAUUUUCAUCCAUCGUUAAGUGCGUACCUUUUAUCGGUACGCCAGUUUCGCAGCUGUCCUCUUCCCAUCCAGCCUCCGCUCGGAAAUUAAUUUUUAAGUAUAAAUUGACAUUCUCCCUUGACAUGCAAGUAAGUACUUCAAAUUAGAUUCAAAUUCAGCUAUCGUUUUCGAGUCAAAUAAAAUGACUUACCGAGAAUACAUUAUUAAGAAAACAAAAUUUAAUUUCGACAGAUAGACAUUAAACUCUUAUAUGAUAAUACUAGUCACGUAUGUAUGAUACAUUCAUGCAUCCCCGCAUGGAAUCAUCCUUUCAAAAACUUCCAGAGUAAACAUGUAGCACUAAAUGUAGGCUUUUUUGGUUUGUUUGUUUUAGGCUUGGAGUAGUGCAGGAGCAAUUAAUCUUUAAAAGAUUCAGUGGAGAUAUUAAAUUUCAUCAAGUCCGGCUACAACAUUUCAUGAGAGGGAUUUCAUCAUUUUCUUAAAUUUCACUUUCUAAAUUGAAAUUGUGGGUAUGCCAGGGCUUGUUUGUUUUUGUGUAGAAGUGGAAACCGGAGGACCCGGACAAAAACGUCACGGACUGAAGGGGAAAACCAGCAACAGAUCAGGUUGAACCCAAAAGUUAGCUUCUGAUAAGAACCCGGACCAUAUUAAUCAGGAAAGAGAAACAAUUGCUCUCACCACUGCCCGGCUUAUCACUACCCUAUUAACAGCCUGAAGUAUGGCUCCCCUUAAUUAAGCCCUACUUAUUUUUUCAAGAGCAGGUCGCCGUUGGGUCUUUAUAUCCUAUCUUACAAGCAAGUACUUGACGUAAGUCUAUCCUACAAAGUUUGGCGGAAAACCCAGGUUAAAAAGUAUCGCUGAUAUUUCAUCCAUAACGACAACUUUAUGGAAAAGAAAAAACCUGACCGUUUCCAAAGGAGAGUGCCGAAGUGGUAAAACUGAAAUAAGUCUAUUCUUUGAAUGUCUGCUAUAAUUAACUGCCAUAAUGAUAAAAGAAGUCUUUGAAAGGGUGGAGACAAUUGUAGAUGGAUCUCUACAAAUUAAUGCCGUUUUUCUAUCAGAUCAUUCCUGUCUGAAAAGAAAUAGCCCAAGAAGAAGGCCUUGUUUUGCAAACAGGUUUUUCUCGAACACUGGCCGGCAUUCAUACAUACCGCUACCCAGCAGGGUUAGAUUAGAUCAUUUGUAACGCCCUGCCGGUAAGUGCGAGGUUAGUUAGCAAUCACCUUUUAUGAUCCAUGAAGAAAAACAAAUAGGGCAUUGGUAAAAACAGCAGCGACAUGAAGAAGCUUAUUUUGGAAUACCAAAGCAGCAAGCAGCAAAGUUCCUGUCAUCUAGCGGAAGGCAACUCGAGCAAGUUAAAUGAAGUUGGUAUCAAGCCCGAUGGGUUUAAAUCUUACACAGUUUGUUUAGCUGCAGUGAUCUGUAACAUCAUAGUUUGCGGCUAUUCAUACAGCUUUGGACUACUUUUGCCCCCUCUUCUCGAUCAUUUCAAAGAGGAUACUGCUACAACAGGUAAAUUACACAACCUUUCAACUUCUUUUCUUCCUUUAUUUUAUCUCUUAUUUACACUUUUAAAUAUUAAUUGCGGUGUACCAUGGUUGCUUUGAAUAAAUAUUCCCGCCACCUGCAAGAAAUGUAACAAAACAUAAUUAGCUGCCCUCUUUUCAGGGUACGAGACUGAAUCCGGAUAGGAAAAGAAAAAUGUUAAAACACGCAAAAAAAAACAGACAGAUGGCUUCCUCCAGAUUAUAAUGAAAGUGAAUGGCAUCCACAACCUUUCGAUGAAUAAAGUCAAGAAAUUGGGAUAUCAUAGAAGAUUAUUAAUGAGUAACUUUUUUAAGUCCUGGGUCGAUUCGUGCGAGAAACUGAAUUUCAGUUAUUCGUCGAAAAAGUUCCAUACAAAUUUACGGAUUUGAUGGUAUGGAGUUGCAUUAAAAAACUUAUUAAUAAGCAACCAAGAUUAAACCGCACAUUUCAAACUUCAACGCUCUUUUUCCAUCUAGUUCAAUUUGUUAAAUGUUAGCGAAUUUUCUGGAGCUUAUAAUGAAUCCUUAAGGUCUGUAUCUAAGUUAAGAAAAAGAAAAGGAAAACCUUCGUCUUGUGUAAACGUUUAACAGAAAACGUGAAGUUAGGAAGUUUCACGUCGUAAGACGAAGAAGAAAUGUACAAAAAAGGGUAAAGUAUAUACGAGAAAAGUUGUUGGGUUUUGCUAAUCUAAAUCCUAUUUGAAUGGAAAUACAUGAGAUGACUCAUAUUAACUGCGGAUAAAGAUAUAUGAAAGUGGAAAUGAUCCUCGCAGUUGAAUAAUCACGCGCUCAUAUUUUCUCAUAUUUUCGCGUGCCUUUCACUUACGCGUGAUCCCCAAUAUCUGAGAGCCUGGAACAGGCUAGUAAAUAUCAAACAGUUUGGACCUUGUCUCUGAAAAUGAAGAAUUCUGUCCAAAUUUUACUUAAACGAUUCCCUCGUUAAAAUUUCCUUUUAUUUAUACAGGAAGAGUUUGGACUGGUCUAAAUAUAGCCUUGAGGCUGGGGCAAUUGUCUUUUUUUGUAGGUACCUCUCCGAAUUCGUCUCUCAAGUCGGUUCUAGGAACAUUUUCUGAAAUUCAAAAUGUGCUGUUGAUGCCCGGGCACGGUGCCCGAGUACAGUUCUCGCUUGGCCGAUUCUGAUGUGAACGUAGUGGUUUUUCAAGUACCCACGCCAGUGCACAGUGGCGGUCCCUGAGUACAAGUAGAGACAUAGUACCUGUGUACUUAAGUGGGCAAUGGGUCACUGUGUGCGCACGCUUUCUUUUAGUCCCAAAAAAUUCCACAUAACUUUCUGGGUUCGCGUCUCACAGAGGAAAAUGAAACAAAUAUGUCCACAGUUACAAAUCGUGUACUCACACACACUACUUUGUGCCGGUAACUAGGCACUAGUUCUCGGGCAUCAAGUGUGAACAGCCCCUUGUUACUGUCGUUUUCUCGACCCGUGCUGUUCAUUACCGAUCCGGCCUCGUUUUCUUUUUCCCAAACUCCGAACUCGGCAAAACGUAGCACCAGCCUAAUAAAACGAAAAAUUUACACAACCUGUUAAUUAACUGAGGCCGCUGUUGCUAUUUUCCUCUGCAGCUUAUGUGGGAUCCCUGUGCAUGUCAGUCAGCUGUCUUCUUGGACCAGUGGCCUCUAGUCUCUGUGACCGUUAUGGUUGUCGUGCCACAACUAUUUCAGGUGGCAUAACAUGUGUUAUAGGACUGCUAAUGACGUCACAAGCGCCUAGCAUAUAUUGUAUGUACCUAACAUUCAGCGUGAUAGUAGGUUUUGGCAUUUGCUGUGUUUAUACCGCAAGUUUUGUCAUCGUGCCUCGAUACUUUUUAAAAAGGCGCUCUUUGGCGACAGGUGCUAUUACCUGCGGUCCUGCAGGAGGCUUACUGGUGAUGGGCCCCUUUCUACAAUUCUUAUUGGACACUUUGCAGUGGAGGAAGGCGUUCAUAGCUAUGGCAGGACUGGCUGCAUUGAUUUGCCUCUUUGCACUAAUUUAUGACCCACUCACAGCAAAAGAGAUUUCAGAUUUUGGGGUAGUAUCAAACACAAAACAACCUCAUGCAAUAUGUGCAAAAAAAUCAUCGUGGACGAGGAACAUCUUCACAAAUCCAGUACUCCUUAUCUGGUCAGCCUGUCCAGCUGUAGCGUACCUAGGAUUAUACGUUCCACAAGUUCUACUGGUAAACAUUUGUUUGUUUUUUCUUUCUUUUUCUGUUUUUGUUUUCUUGUCACGGCGUUUUCAUCGAUCAGUUUAUAUUUAAAACGAUUUUUGGGGGCAAAUCUAAAAUAUCUUUGAACUCACACAAACCUAUCAGCAAAACCUACAGAUCUAAAAGUGACGUUUAGUAGUUCUUAUUUGAUAUCUUAAAUUUCGAAUGCGCUCAUAGAAGGAACGGAGCUUCCUUUUUACGAAGGAAAAAAUGUUCUAAGCGAGUGUAUCUAAAAAUAAAAUCAGUCUGUGAACGCGCCGUGACUUGGACCUAUGAGAGUAGCUCGCCCCGAGUUAUGGGCUCCUACCUUAGGGCGGCUGAAAAAUUUGACAGGACUCUUCGUUCACACGGGACUUUUAAAUAUUUUUGCGUUGUUCACACAGAAGCGACAAUGCAGGUUGAAUUUUAACUUUUCUCAGUGGUUUUAACAUCGUUCCAUGCGCAGAGCUUUACUAUAGCAAAUUCUAAAUGGCGUCAUCCAGCCGAGUUCACACGUUAAACGGUAGACCCAGCAUCCAUGCUUCUUUCCCAUAGAUGUGCCUUCCAGAAAUUAUCACUCUGUCGUAGACUAAGGGGUUUUUGUGAUUUUGUUCGAUGGUGAGUCAGUUCGUGUCAGAAGUGGAACGUGCGACGGAUUUGCGAGCGAGUUAAAUUUCCGAUACAAACAACUAGUCACUCUCGUUUGGACGCUAUGAACAGGCAAAAAACGGGGAAAACUGGCGGUAAAUCCAUUUGCAGUGAACAAAACAUUUAAAUCAUACAUCGCCAGGAGCCGAUUUUGCUGCUGGCAUCGUUCGCGAUUUCUUAUUGGGUACAAAACAUACCGUACGAAAAUUUAUUUUACAGCGACUAUAUCAUUCUGAAUAUGUAUAUUGCAUAAUACUCCUUAGGUAAAGUAUGCAGAGCAAAAGGGAGUACCGCCCGAUGAGUCAGCCAUAUUCUUUUGUUACAUCGGCCUCACCUCUGCUGUAGCAAGAAUCCUUGUUGGGCAUGUAUGUGACUUCAAAUGUGUUAAAGUGGAGCUAAUCACUCAAGCUGCCAUCUACAUCAACGGCGCCGCUAUGUGUGUUCUAUCGCGCGCAGACUCGUACUCUUACUUCUUGGCCUACUCCCUGGUGUAUGGUUUCUGUGAUGGGCUGUUUGGUAGCACAGUUAACAUUCAGGUCGUGGGUUCCGUCAAACCUCAUCUCACCUCAAAAGCUAUUGGCUUCUGGCUGGCAGUAACAUCACCAAGCAUAGCAGCGGGGCCACCGAUUGCUGGUAGGCUUAGCAAAUAUAAGGGGACUCGAUUAAUUGUCUGGGCACUUGUUACAAUUUCAGGGGGUGCUUAUUUUAUUACGUUUUUCCCACGGGAACGUGUUUUAGCAGACAAUACAACUAAAGGAAUUGCUCUUUCAGAUAGCAAGAAAAACGUCUCGCUACAAAAGAAGCUUGAUGCCUCUAAUAUCCUUACAAUAAAAGUGAUACACGAGGAAGGGAAGGAAGAAGGGUCAUAUUUACCAGUUUAGCCAACGGAAAGGGCGAUUUUACGGAGAAGGGCCGGGAAUGGCAAUUAUAAGGGGCGUUAGUCCUUAAAAUGGGCAAACAGCUAUUGCUAUUACUAUCACUACUCCCGUUGUGUUUAGAAAAGCCGUAACAACUCUUCGCGAAUCAAAUGCUCUAAGAUUGCUAAUCACUUUUUAACCAAGGUAGUUACUGCUGAUGUUCUUGCCUUUCUCGGAAUGGUCACGUGAGCUUUAUUAAAUGCAGAUUUUUGUGGCGAUGGGUGAGGGCCUGGGAGUGAGACAUUGGUAACCCGGAAUACCGAAACUCGUUAGCAGUGAAAACAGUGUCUACUUUUUUUCUUGAUAGUUUUUAUAUAAAUCAUCUGGAGUGUCACGUGAAUGAAUGGAGUACUAAAUCUCUGUCUCUUUUAUUUUUAGGACUAAUCGUUGACAAGACGGGUUCUUACGUACCCGCAUUCGCUGUGUCAGCCAUGUAUCUAUUUAUUGGAGCAACUAUACUCUUUGCGUUAUGUUGCCUUAGAAAGAAAAAGACUUCAAGUAUCGUAGAAAUGCAGCUUACUUCAGAUGAGCUUCCGCCAGAGAGAGAAACUGUCGUAUAA